CCAACUAAGUAUUGUGUUAACAGCAUACAAUUUUUAACAUUAGAGAGUUAUUACAUUUUACUUUAUAAUAUACUCAUAUAAUGCAGUCAUCUCAGUUUAAUGAUGUAACUUUGCAUAAAGAAUUUAAAUGGUUAAACGAGCCGGCAACCUGGCAAAUAGAAUCUCACAGUUUAAGAGUAAUCACUGAUAAUAAGACAGAUUUUUGGCAAGGGACCUGGUACAAUUUUUAUUUCAACACUGCGCAUGUAUAUGGUGUUGAUAUAAGUGAUGACUUCAAUUUUACGGCCUGUAUUGAAGCAGAUUUCACUACAUUGUACGACCAAGCAGGCCUUACGAUUUAUUUGGAUGAAAAACGCUGGUUAAAAGCAGGCAUAGAGUACAACGAUGGACAGCCUAUGAUAGGCAGUGUGCACACUAAUGGAACUUCGGAUUGGGCAACUGGCGAAUACCAUGGCGACCCGCGUAAAUUCUGGCUGCGUCUCACUAAAGUGCGCGACGUCGUCUGUGUAAAAUAUUCCACAGAUAAAGUAAAAUGGACUCUACUUAGACUGUGCCAAUUUCCCGUAUCUGAGAAAUAUUUCGUUGGCUUGAUGUGCUGUACCCCUCAACGGCAAGGUUUAGAGGUUAAGUUCAGCGAUGUAUCUGUUUCUGUGCCCAAUAAGGAUAUACUACAUUCAAAUUAGGUACCAUCUACACGUCAUACCAAUUUCAGUCAUUUUGACUCCUCCCUCCCAUGUCACAGCUGGUCAAAAUUUCAUCCUCGUUGCCAUAUAAUAAUAGCAAGACCUUCUGUGUAAAAAGAUGUUUAGUAUUUCUCGAAUAUUCGAUUGAUUAAACAAUUUAAUUAAAAAAUCGACUAAAGUUACCCCAUUCAUUCUAUUAUUACUUU